CAGCAUUGGAGCGUGAAUUCUGCAUUAGAUUUCUGAAGGACAAGCUCAUGACCUUGGAGAAAAAUGAAAGUACAAAAAUUAUCAUUGGCAAAUGCGGUCUUGAAUUCAAGUGUGCUUCCCCCGAGAGACUGCAACACACCCGUACAAAAGUUGAACAUCUUCUAAAAGAAUUCUAUUGCCUAGAAGAUCAUCUUCAUUAUCCUGGUCUGCGUGCUUAUGUGAGAUCCAAAGAAGGCAGACAAUUUAUUGAUCACUUAUCAAAUAUAAAUCAAUGUGUCACUGAGCUCCCAGACAUAAAAUCACAAGGAAAGAGAUUUGAUUACAAAAGUAUUAUUAUUGGAACAGCACAAACAGAUCAUCUUAAAAUACAUUUGGUUCAAGGAGAUCAUACAGAUUUUAAUGUUCCUCUGAAAGUAGAGUUCUGCCCCAUUAAUGGAAGCGCUGGUAAGUUAUGACAAGGUUUCAUCAUUUUUAUUUUAAACAAUGAUUUGAUUCUUCUUUAAUAAAUUGUUUGAAAAUGAUCUGCAUAGUGUGAAAAAAUUUAAUUUGCAUGUCACAAAUGGUUACCCUUUUUAGGGUCAUAUAUAAAUGAGUAGCUAUGCAAAAGUAUAGUCGCUAAUCACACAACACGAUUUCUUGUUUGCAGAGAAAAUGUGCUCAGUGACAUCUGAACCCUCCAGUCACAAGAUUAUUUCUCUCCCUCCGUGGAAGCGGAGUCCAUCAGCCAAAAAAGAUAACCUCACUUUGAUGAGGAAAAGUUUACAAGAAUCACUUUGUCUGGUACUGAAACUAGCAUCUCAAAGUAACUGUACACAGUUGUUUUUUUCCACUUCCAAAAUGUGCAAGACAGAGUUUCCAUUUCCAGUUGACUGUUUAGCCAAAUCUCUGAUCAAUGAACUAAUAAACACAUUUCAGCCAUCAAUCGCACAAAAUGGCUUAAGAGCAGACGUAUUUAUUUGUGAGAUGAAAUCUGAAGCAGUGUUUAAAGCUUUUACAUUUUAUCUCAAAGAAAGUAACAUGCCUUUAAAAUAUCCUGAUCAGGACACGUGGGAUGGCAUUUCACUUCCAAGUAAGACACUAUUUAUACCGGUACUCUUUUUUUUUCCUUAAACAAUCUUAUCUUAACUUUUUCAAAUAUUUUCUAGUUUCUAUUUUAACUUUUUCAAAUAUUUUCUAGUUUCUAUUUAACUUAUUCAAAUAUUUUCUAGUUUCUAUUUUAACUUUUUCAAAUAUUUUCCAGUUUCUAUUUUAACUUUUUCAAAUAUUUUCUAGUUUCUAUUUUAACUUUUUCAAAUAUUUUCUAAUUUCCGAUUUUAGUGGUGUAUUUUCUCUCAUUGUUAAAAUAGUUUGUAUAAAUAAAAAGAAGUUGAGAUGUAUAAAGUAUUAAAAAUAAGGACAACGGCCAACUUGGUUUGUAUUUUUCAGAAUAAGACAAACUUUGAUAUUUGAAACUGUCCAGUUUAGGCAGAGAUGUGUAAGAUUAAGCGUAUUUUUGAAGUGAUUUCACGUUGAAUGAGUUUUUUUCUUUGUUUUGUGUUUAAAAUGUUUCACCCUUCUUGUGUACACCAAUGAUUUGUCUUUGUGUAAUUAAUUACCUGAAUGGAUUUUUUUUUUUUUUUUUUUUUUUUUUUUUUUUGUGUUUAAAAUGUUUCACCCUUCUUGUGUACACCAAUGAUUUGUCUUUGUGUAAUUAAUUACCUGAAUGGAUUUUUUUUCUUUUUUUUUUUUUUUUUAGAAAUAAUGAGCAAUAGUAAUAAAUCAUUUUUAGCAAUCAUUGAACUGAUGGCUAAUAAUCCUGACAUUUGGGUAAGUGUAAGUAUCCAAGAUGGUUUAAAUUUUUUUUUUUUUUUUUUUUUUUUUUUUUUUUUUUAAUUUCCUGAAAGGAUUUUUUUUUUUUUUUUUUUUUUUUUCAGAACUAAUGAGCAAUAGUAAUAAAUCAUUUGUAGCAAUCAUUGAACUGAUGGCUAAUAAUCCUGACAUUUGGGUAAGUAGUAGUAUCACAGAUGGUUUAAAUAUCUUAUUUUAUUUUUUCUUAAUUACAAAAAUGAUAGCAAUCCUAACAAAAUAGUUGUAAGCUCUAGGGCCUUUUGUAGAGUGAAGUGGUCCUGGUCACUGGCUUUAAUUGAGGUCCGGCCCCCCCCCCCCCCCAUCACACACCCCAUUUUUUUAAUGGGGGCCGCCCCCCCCCCCCCCCAAAAAACCCCAACUUUUUUUUCUUACAAUGUACUGUUACAAUACUGUGACUUCACCUUUGGGAGUUACAUUUGCUCCAAUUUUUCUGGAGGCUAAUUCACUUUAUCAAAUAAAAAUUGAAAAGGGCAAAGUGCUUCUUUAUAUUUGAAUUUAAAAUCAUUUUAAUCAUUGAUAUUAGUAAUGGAUUAACAACGACAACUAAAAAUGUAUCCAAAUAUCUGUGUAAAUUUAAGGGCCCUUCUAAUAUGAGACGUUGGCCAAAUGGCUUGGCUGAAAGCAUCCGACCUCCCCGGUUUAUUCCAUUGUUUUCAUGAAUGUUAUUUCACACAAACACAUAUAAAACUAUAUUUAAACCAUUUUUUAACAAAAAUACUUUUUCUAGGAAGAUGGAAUCUUAUUCUGCUAUCCUAUACAACCAGAACUAAAGUCAAUCACCUGCCCAGCCAUCAAUGAACAUUCUUGCUCCAAACAAUUACUGCAGGAUGAUUUAAGAAAAUUAUUAUUUAAGAAACCAGAUGGUCUUGCCAUUGGUGAGCCCUGUCGAGUCAAUUGUUUUACAAAUGGCAAAGAAGCGCUGGUUUAUUGCUUCCCUAAGUGGGGACCAGGUUGUGAUGAGGUCAGUUGUAGGACAUUCAUUUACCUAACCAUCUUUUUCUUGUAAAUGUUAUUACUCUUCAGCUAAAACGAUAAUACAUUUCAGCUAAAAUUGUUUUUAAAAAUAUUUUCAAAAAAUUUCAUUAAUUAAAACCUGGAAAAUAAGAAUUUCAUUUUUAAAUAGUUAUUGUAGUAGUUCACACUUCACACUAAUGUAUAAAAAAAUUUCAAUGAUAUAAACACAUAGAACUUGAAUAAUAACUUUUUAAAUUUCAGAUAACUCUAUUUAUUAACACCUGGUGUAAUUAUCAGAAGUUUAUUGAGAAUAUAAAAUUCAUUGCUAGGAUGGCACAUGCAUAAUUUAUUUCUAGCACGGCACAUGCAUUUGAAGUUGUAAUUUCAUUUUGGUUUACCCAUCUUCUUUUCUAAAUUUUGUGGCUUUGUUUUCUUUCUAAGUGGGUUUUUUUCUUUCUAAGUGGCUUCGUUUUCUUUCAAAAGGGCUUCAUUUUCUUUCAAAGUGGCUUUUUUUCUUUCUAAGUUGCUUUGUUUUCUUUCUAAGUGGCUUUUUUUCUUUCAAAGUGGCUUUGUUUUCUUUCUAAGUUGCUUUGUUUUCUUUCUACGUGUGUUUUUUUUCUUUCUAAGUGGAUUUCUUUUCUUUCUAAGUGGCUUUGUUUUCUUUCUACGUUGCUUUGUUUUCUUUCUAAGUUGCUUUGUUUUCUUUCUAAGUGGCUUUGUUUUCUUUCUAAGUUGCUUUGUUUUCUUUCUACGUGUGUUUUUUUUCUUUCUAACUGGAAUUCUUUUCUUUCUAAGUGGCUUGUUUUCUUUCUAAGUGCUUUUGUUUUCUUUCUAAGUGGCUUUGUUUUCUUUUUAAGAGGCUCAUGCGAACUGCUGUUCUAAAUAAUUCACAUAACACAAUAAGUGGUGUUGGGUUAGGGGGGUUUUUUUUUUUUUUGUGUUUUUUUUUUUUUUUUUUGGUGUUUUUUUUUUUUUUUUAAAGGGCCCAGGGAAAGGUUUUUUUAAAAAAAACAAAAAAAAAAAAAAGGGGGGUGGGGGGGGGGGGGGGGGGGGGGGAGUUUGCGAUGGGAUGACUUCUUAUCACUUUUAUACAGUACUGAAAAAAAAGCUUUGAGAAUGAAAUAAAGUAAAUUGAUCCCUGUUUUUCUCUUUUUGAGAAUGUAGAAAUUCCCACCUUUUAUAUUUGAAAGGCCAUCCAUGUUGCUCUAAAAAGUUGCCUUUUGGGAUCUGCUGAGUACCGUAGUGUACACAUCAUACCUCCUGGCCUUCAUGUCUUCCCGAAUUAUCCACUAAAAUACUUGGUGACAACUAUUUGUCAAGUCUUGGAUCAAUUAUUGUCUGAAGGAAUCCUAAAUAAACAGAGAAAAAUUGUGCUGAUUGUAGAUAAUAAAGAGUAUCGCAAAGUAAGUCAAUUAAUAUUCAGAUUAGUUUAAAAUGCUCCUGUUUCUUUUUCAUACCAUUGGUAGGAUAAAAGAUAGCAUACCAUUGGUUGGAUAAAAGAUGGCAUACCAUUGGUUGGUUAAAAGAUGACAUACCAUUAGUUGUUUAAAAGAUUGCAUUCCAUUGAUAGGUCAAAAGAUGUCCUACCAUUGGUAAGUUAAAAGAUGGCAUACCAUUAGUUGGUGAAAAGAUGGCAUACAAUUGGUAGUUUAAAAUAUGACAUACCAUUAUUUGGUUACAAGAUGGAAAACCAUUUGUAUGUUAAAAGAUAGCAUACCCUUGGUUGGUCUAAAGAAGGCAAACCAUUGGUAGGUUAACAGAUGCCCCAUUUUUAUAUAAAAUGUUUGUUACAUAGUUUUAGAUUUAUAUACUAAUCUCUUAAAUAUCUCAGAAAAUUAAUGCUUUAUUAUUUAGGAAUUAAUCACAAUGUAAAACAUUUUUUUUCCCCAAUUUGAAGGAAUUCAGGAAGGAGCUGGAACAUUAUUUUCCUGAAUCAUUUGAAACGCAAUGGGAAAAUAGAAUAAGUGAGUUGAAAUUAUUUGAAUUUUUCUUUAAAGUAACCACACAUACAUUAAUGAAGGUCUGCCUUUAAGUACGUGCUUCAUAAUGUUGAUUCAGUGACAGAUUGCCUGCACCUCAUGUCUUACAGAUUGCCUGCACCCCUUGUCUUUUAUUUUAAUGUUACAGAGACGAACAGAUUAUAUCUGAAAGCAUUUUAUAAAAUUAAGAAAAUAAUAAUAAUAUUCAUUAUUAUUUUAAAUUUUAAUUUCUUAGGAAACAAAAUUUGGGCUCCUGAAAACAAAGGUAAGCCCAUGCAUAACUUAUUGUAAUUUAAGAGAAAGAACAAAACAAUAUAUUCUUGUGAAAUUUUUAAUGGAUUUUAAAUGAGAUUCUUGUUAUUAAAUAAAAAUUUUUAUCAAAAUAAUGUUGUGUUUCAAUCUUUAUCUCACCAAUGGAAUUCUCAUUUAUAAGGGGGAAAAUUUUAUUUGAAAUUUGUUCACUGUAUUUUAUAAGUAAGGUUUCUGACAUAUGCAUUGAUCUAGUGAAAUAAUAUUGACAACAGUUCAAUUCAUAUCAUUUUUAAUUUAAAUCAAUCAUCGGGCCUAAAUUAUUUAUUUAACACUUCUCAGUACAUUUUCAAAGUAAUAAUUAAAAAGUUCUUAUUUUUAUCUUAAGAUUUAACAGAAAUCUCAAAUGCAAACAAGGAUAUUCUAGUGAGUGAAACAUCUUGCAAGGGAGUACCAAUUUUUAUUUGUGGGCACUCAAAGAUAAACACAGAAACUACAUUGGCUGCUCUUAAUGGAAAAAUGCACAGCUGCAUGACGGAAAACUCCUCAAAACAAGACUUAAAUAAAAAUGAAACACUGUUAUUUCAGGUAUUUAUCUGGAUUUAAGGAGGUUACAUUAAUCACAUUUAAGAUUUUUUUCACGCUUUAAAAACGACUGCUAACAAAAACCAUUCCAAAUAUACCACCAGUACAACAGUAGAAUUGUAUGACCAAAAAGACUUGGAGUAAAGAAUUUGUUUUCAUAAUAUACUCUGAUAUCGAAAUUUAUAAAAUGUAAAUUACAUAUAUAUAUAUAUAAAUAAAUAUAUAUAAUGGGGACUCUGGAUCAGCCUGUUAACUUCUUUUUUUUCAGAAAAUUAUUCAAAAUGCCAAAAAUCUUCCAGUAAAUUUUGUCCUUGAGAAGCAUUACAGCAAUCCGGAAACACUGCCUUCAAAAUAUUUGCAUGUCAGAGGAAAGGAAUCAUCUGAGCGAGGCAGUUUAGAAAUGAGAAGCUCUGUUCCUACCAGUCAUUCACCGGGAAAAUCUUCUGUUAUGGAGAGUGGAGCAUCUCCUUUUAAUACCAGAGGAUGGGGAAAAUCUCCUUCUAUAAUGGAGAGGAGAUCAUCUUCUUUUAAUACCAGAGAAGGGGGAAAGUCUCCAUUUAGCUCUAGAGAAAGGGGAGCAUCACCCUUUAGUUCUAGAGACAGGGGAAAAUCCCCUUCUGGUGCAAGAGAUAGGGUAAUGUCUCCUUGUUUAAAGGAAGGGGAGAUACUUCCUAGAGAAGGGGUAAAAUCUCCUACUUGUGCUAGAGAAAGGGGAACAUCUCUUCAUAUCCCUAGAGAAGGGGUAAAAUCUCCUACUGGUGUUAGAGAAAGGGGAAAAUCUCCUCAUAUCCCUAGAGAAAGAGGAACAUCACCUCAUAUCCCCAGAGAAAAGGGAACUUCUCAUAUCCCUAGAGAAAGGCGAACAUCUCAUAGUUUUAGAGAAAAGGGGACAUUUCGCUCAGACAGUACAGAAAGGGACAAAUCUUUUCAUUAUAGUCAGGACAUAGGAAAUUCCACUUACAGCACUUAUAGUGGUAGGGAAAUGAACAGCAGCAUCUUGGAGGGACGAGUGUUGACUCACCGUCCUACUGCAAGAGGGAAAUUGGGCCCAGCUAGCUUUGAAAUCAGAAAGAUUUUAACAGGAUCAACGCUAACAGUUCAUGGACUUAGUGACAAGCUGAUAAAGAUGUUCAUGAGAGCCAUUUCUGAUGCUUUCAAAGCAAAUCCUCAUAACUUGAGUAGAGAAAAUACUGGUUUUCAUCCAAAAGUUGUUGAUUUUGAACAGUCGGAUGAAGACAGUUCAGAGAGCUUAAUUAGUGAAGACUAUUGAAAUAAAAAGAUUCAAGUAAUAACACAAGAGAUAAGAUAAGAUUCUUUUAUUGAUCCAAACAAUUGGAAAUGUUUUUUGAUUGC